AUGUUGAAUUCAGUUGCUGUAGCCCCUACCUCGGCCAACCUCAGCUCUAACGCCCCCUCACAGAUGAUCUGGCGCAGACGACUUGGUCUGCGCAAGGUGGCAAGGUGGACAUGCAUCCUGGCCCGCAACUUGCUGGUUCCGGCGGCCAGUGACAAGGGCCAGGAGUGGAACUGGCCCUGGAGGCGCGCGUGGAAGGCCCUUGCAGUCCACAGGGUUCCCAGCGUUCAGGGAGCCCCGCGUGCCCCUCCCGUCCAGGAGCCCUGCAGUGUCCAGGAGCGCCUGGUUUUCUCCGGCCGGGAGGAGCCGCGGCCCCCGAUUCCCGGUCCUGCUGCUGCCGCCUCCGGGUACCGACGCGCGACUAGGGACCGCCCUCCGCGCCCGCCCGACGGCGCUUUAAAGGCGGCUCUGCGGAGCAAGCGCGGCGAGACGAGAUUCGGAGCCACCGCGCAAGGGCUGGGCGAGCCCAGCAGCCCCAUGGAGGAGCUGGUGGCCCUGGUGAUCGGGGCCUUCGCCGGAGGACUGCUAAUACUACUCCUGAUUGGGAUGAGCUGCUAUCUCUGGAAGAGGCUCCGCGCCACUUUCAUCUAUGAGGAGCUGCCAGGGGCCACAGCUGCGCCCAGUGUCCAGGAGGUCAAGGUCUGUCUGCCAAGGGCCAGAACCCAAACAAGCAGACCGCCACCGGUGCCCUUUGUGGUGGCCCCAUCCCUCCAAGGCCAAGACUGGGUGCCUCUGCACAGCGGAGAAUGGGCCAAGGCUCCCCCAGACCCUUGCCACGCCUCAGAGCUCCUGCCCCGCACCUGGAGCAGCAAACCUGGAGAUCCAUGUGCAGUGGGGACCAUCAACUCAGAGCUGUCCAAGGUCCCAGAGGAUCAGAGCGAGUCAGACUUCCCCGAAGGCUGCCUUGGGCGACUGUGGUUCUCCCUGGAGUACCAUCAGGAGGCCGAGCGGCUGUUGGUGGGCCUGAUGAAGGCACAGCGGCUGCGAGCCCCCUCCGAGUCCUGUGGCACCCUAGUGAAGCUCCACCUGCUGCCAGACGAGAGACGCUUCCUCCAGUCCAAGACCACGGGCGAGCCCAGCAACCCCCACUUUGACCAGCGCUUCGUCUUCCAGGUUUCCAGCAGAAGCAUCGCACAGCGGGUGCUGAGAUUCUCAGUGUACCACAUGGACAGGCAGAGGAAGCAGCAGCUCCUGGGCCACGUGCUCUGUCCCCUCAAGAACGAGACCCUGGCUGCUGGCUGUCCACGCAUCAUCUGCAGAGACCUGGAGCCUGAGAACCUGGAGGGCCCCUCAGAGCUGGGCGACCUGCAGUUCUGCCUCAGCUACAGCAACAGCCUGAACCGCCUCACCGUGGUCGUGCUGCGCGCCCAGGGCCUCCAGCUGCAGGAAGACGUGAGCUUUGCCAGUGUGUUUGUCAAAGUGUCUCUGAUGAACCACAACAAGUUUGUCAAGUGCAAGAGGACAUCGACCGUGCUGGGCUCUGCUGACCCUGUCUACACAGAGACCUUCAGCUUCGGGGUCCACCCCGAUGACCUGGACACCGCCAGCCUCAGCCUGAUGGUGCUGCAGGGCACUGAGGAAGCCGAGAGCCACCCACUGGGCAGGGUGGUGGUGGGCCCCUACAUGUAUGCCCGAGGCCGAGAGCUGGAGCACUGGAACGAGAUGCUCAGCAAGCCCAAGGAGCUAGUGAUGCGCUGGCAUGCGCUUUGCUGUGCCGCCGAGCCCUGA